ACAUGGCAUGAACAUCAUAGCAGUUAGGAAGUCAUCACUGCACCUAGUGUGAGAACAGUUAGCAUUAUACCACCUAAUAAUGGUUGGUGUUGUGAUGAUGGUGGGGAUGAUGGUGGUGGGGAUGGUGGAUGCUUCAUCCGACACGACGGAGACCGGCGGGAAUAACUGCGUCGGGACAGCGGCGGUGGCGGCGGUCAUUACGGCGGUGCUCAUCUUGGCGGGCGUCGGGGGCGUUCUCUGCAUCAGGAAGCGGCGGGCUGCGCCGAGGACAAAAGUGGACCUGGAGGCGGCGGAGAGAGCGGCCUACGUCAACCCCAACUUCUGUGGGGACACUGCAGGGGCCGUAAGCCUAUCGCCGUCUGACCUAAGCCCCAACACAACCCUACCCUACACCCUGGACCAGGUCAACGGGGUGCUCAAGGCAUCCAAAGAGAAUAAUAUCGUUCAACUGCGCGCUACCGACUUCGCUGGGCUAGGAUUCACUGUGAGCGGGUCCCUGAAAGACGGAAUACACGUCAAGGAGCUGUUGAAUAAAGGUCCUGCCGCACUGUCUGGCAAAGUCAAAGUCGGUGACAGGCUGCUGGCACUGACAGUCGUGAUGGAGAACUGCACCAAAGAGGACGCGGUUAGCCUGCUGAGCAGCGCCUCCCCCUACCCAGUCCUACUGCACCUGCAGCAGAGUCCUGAGGUCAGACCAGACGCUCAGUCCCCAAAGAGGAAGCCUCAUUCAGCGCGAGCUGUGGACUUGAAAACCAAUGAAUCUUGCUUCAAGUCGCAGUCGUCCGGAGAUCUAUCGAAGAUCUCAUCUGUCAAAUCGAACCUGAGUGAAGAAGAAGCCCUGGUAUGUCAUUCUGAUGCGUCAUGCACUCGUAAAUCCGACACUGCCAUCGACCAACUGGCCGACGCUCGAAUGCUGAGAGACACGAAGCAGGGGCGGCAUUCGGAGAGAGCAAUUGAUGUUCCUGAUGCAAUUCUGAAGUUGCCACUUCAAGUAAGCCAGUCGGAAAGAGCCAUUGACUCGCCUGAUUCAGCCUUGAAGUCUUCAUCAGCCUAUGGGGAAUUACAAACGAGUACUUCCGAGAGAACAAUUGAUGUGCCAACAAUUGAAGUGUCAAAAUUGACGCUUCAAGAAAGCAAAUCAGAGAGAGCCAUAGACAAGUCUGGUCCUGCUUCAAAAUCUUCAUCGCCAUAUGGCAAAUUACAAGCAAGUUUGUCCGAAAGAACUAUUGAUGUGCCAGAGGCAGUGAUGAAGUUACCCCUUCAAGCCAGUCAGUCGGAAAGAAUCAUUGGUGUGCCAAAUUCAUUGGUAAACUCAGCUCCAGAUUACAGUGUGCUUCCAAGCAGCUUGUCAGAUCGGGCUUUGGACAUCCAAACUUCGAGUCUGAAGCGAUCAAGUAUUUUUGGCGAACUUCAUCCCAUGCCACAUUCGAGAGAAAACUCUCCGUCGCUCGAAGAAGAAAUAACUGACGCCACUGACGAAGGCCUCGGUACUGAAUCUCCCAAAUCGCCGGACAAAUCUUUCGAUUCUUUCGUCAUUUCUUCAGUGUCACCGAGUAGCAUUUCCCCUGUGGCGAAAGUCCAUGAACAGGAACUAAACGAAGCUGAACAUCUUUCAACAGCUCACGGUAGCUGUUCCUCACUGGAAAAUGAUGACGAUGAAGAGAAUACUUCCAUACCUCCCUCUGGAAUUUUGUGGGGGGACAACGCCCUAAGUUGCAAGGAAAAUUUAGAGUCACCCGAAGCUUGCGUUGAGGUCACCAUUGCUAAAACUUCCAUUGAAAUAAUUCCUAACGAGGGUGAAAAUCCCGCUUCUAUUAAAAAAGACAUUGCAAAGGAAAGAAAUAAUGAUGAAGAUGAUGAGGAAACGGUUUCAAGUAACAUAGAGAUAAAACACUACUCGCGAGAUAUUACUUUGAGCCAAAGCCAAGACAAGGACGAAAAAGAAGACAUGAAAGGAGAUUUGAGUAGCGAAACUCAGGUAUUUAAUUCUGCUCCUUAUCAAGAAUCAGAUACUGGAGGUGAACCCACUACCUACAUUCCACUUCAAAAGCAAGAGGUUAAUACCCAUAACGAAGAAAAUGCAUACAUAUACCCUAAUGAAGAUCUUGACCUGGCCGAAAAGCUGGAAAACAGCGAUGACUCUGAUGAUGAAAGAACCGCUGAGGCAAUCCGUUUGAUCAAUACGUUGUCGAAUGCCACUAAGAUGACAAAAACUCAUGAUUCAAAUUCUGCGCUUAUUGACGAGGCAUUCAGCCUUUACAACUCUGGUGAAAGCCGUGCAAUAACUUCGAGAACAAAACAAUUAUUUGGCAGUCCACAGUUAGCAACAACAUCUGGGAAUGAAUCACCAGAAGAGGUCGAACUUGACUCGACACGAGAACAUCAGGAUCAUUUACAGUCGUCCAAGUCAACAGCCACUGUGAAUAAGAAGGUCAUUGCACAAAAGGUAUCGUCACCCAACGACCGGUCGAAUAUUUUUGGCAUGUACGUAAAUCACGAAUUUUGUGAACCACCGUCGAGUAGCAAUAUCCAAUCGAUGCCUCGAUUUGAACAAGAAAUUGAUAAUGAUUCAUCUGGCGAGCGUGAUGCUUGUGGCAUAGGCGUGAAAUUGGACUCAGAUGAAGAAACCGCAGAUGUUAGCGACAAAGUUUUGGAUCCCUCGAAGAACAUCACUACCAUGGUUAGACAUCAAAUAGAAGCCGAUGUAAUUCUUCAUGCAAUCGUUCCUGAGCAUUCCGGGCACGAAGUCAGCCACAUGAGCGUUGACGGUGAAAGAAAAAUUUCUUGCUUCGAGUUUGAAUUACCAAAAUCAACAAAGAAAUCAACCUUCGAGUUGCAGUUAGAUAAUUCAGGAGUUCGAUCUGAAUCAUCCCGACGCUUUGCACAAGUGCAACCGGAUAUAGUGGAAGUGGCAAAUUUUGGAUCAAGAGUCACCGAAAGUGAUUUACCAGAAGUCGAUACUUAUCUCACAGAGAUGAAUUCAUCUGCAUAUAAACAAAGCUCCAACGAUGACGACGAACUUGACAGUGAGAAUGACACUGCGUCCCAGAAGCAACAAGAGUUCAAUGAUUUUGGAAACGUCUUUGGUUUUCGUGGUUUCAAAAAACACAUCGCUCGACGCGACACAUCCCGGUCAGACGUAACUGAAAUGGAAGAAAAUAUACCAAAUGCAGGCACAUGUGCUGCAAAAGCUAGUGUGCCGAUUUCUUCGCCAAAUUCAGUUUCUGUUUUGCGAAUGAACUUUGAGUCGAGCUUUGAAGCUCCCCCGUCAGACGAUGAUGAUGAUGAUGAUUAUGAUGAAACAAUGUGCUCGAGUCUCAACAGGAACUAUUUGCCGGAAUCCGAGUCGUACUUGCCAUCCAAGCAAGUUAGAAUAAAAACCGCCUACCCUGGCAAUGUUAUUGAGAUCGGAGGAAAUGUUCUCAGCGCCAUUAACAGAACAGCUGCAGAAAACUCCUUAUUCUCUUCCUCCACAGCACCAGCGGUUGAAGAAAAAGUUAAUACUGGAAUGAAUAAAGCGAUUCCUGUUGCAUCUUCCGCGGGGCAUGUGCGGCAGCGUUUUGAUGACCUAAGAACUUCUUUCGAAGAAAGUUCACGUCCACAGGAAAGGACCAGUGCUGAAGACAAGGGGAAGUAUCCUGGAACUCAAAAUGAAAAUAAUGCAACUUAUGUCGACCAAUCGGUGGCUACUAAUCUUCUUUAUUCAUCUGAUAGUGACUCAGACGCUAUGGUCUUGGCGGCAGAAAUGGCCGUAGCUCAACGAAAGAGAAAAUCUGGUAACAAAGUUGGAUCAUCGAUCAUAAUAAAUGCCGAAGACGGCAUUAAAAAUGAGGUCGAUGAUAAUCGAAAAAUUGAUUCUUUUAGAGUUUCAACGCACGCACCAAAUUCAGUGACAGUUUCGAAUUCACUUUUCCAAGAACUUUCAUCUAUACCCGCACUUCAACCGCAAGAAGUCUCUGUCGGUUGCAUGCCAUCAAAACUUGUUGAUGAACAACAUGAUGUUGUAACCAACCCGAGCCCAUCACGAGAUGGGGUUUACAUUGUGUCGACGACCAAACAUGGAAAUGAAGAACUUCCUCGAGAUCUACGGGAUAGUGACUCAAGUAAUUUGAAAAACUCUGAGGUUACAGUUAUAUCGACUGAGAACCAGAAAUACCCUUCAGAUUCCGAUGAAAUGAAGAAGAAAGCCGCAUCUCUGGAUGAUUUGUCGUAUAUCCCCAAUUAUUUGGAUGAUUCACUGCGAGAAAGAGCAACGUCACUGGAAUUCAAGUUAGAGCAUGGAGUUGAAAGGAAAAGUUCAUUCAGAGCUCGCAGGACUAACUUACCAAGGUCAUCAACCUCUAUGAGGGAAGUGGAAAGGUAUUCUACAGUGACAGUGAAAGAUGCAAGCAAUGGUCGGGACUUCCGUCCUCCAGCCGGCCACAACUCUGAAAACCCUCGAAAAGGUCACAGUCAUUCAGUUUUCGUUCAAAGUUAUCGUCGGGACCAACGAGCUUCCAGUCUUGAAGGUAUCCCUUCCUGCCUGAGGAGGAGCAACUCUACCAAAUUGGCGAUUCACCAGUCAAACGUCACGGUCAGAUCAAACCCCACUCUAUCAUUAUCAACCAACAACAUUUCUCCUACAAAUUUGGAAGUGAACUACGAUGUGACUCGAGUGGAAGUCGAUGAACCAAAAGGUGGAAUAAUUUCUAAUAUUGAAAUUAGCGGCGAUCGAGGAGCUUCGAUUACAUCGCUCACGCAUUCCUCCCCUUGGCGUUCAACAAGCGAGGAGUUGCAACAAUCCCCUACAUAUCAACGAUCUUCACCUCAUUCUAGUAUGCAAUCAACUCCUGAAACACGCGGUACCACGACAAUACAAGUCCUAGAAUCAUCCAUGGAACCUCAAGACGUUUGUGUCGAUGGUUCAAACAAUGGUCGAAUGAUAAUGGAUCACUUCAAGAAACAGUACCUAAAUCUGAGAACUAAUGGACUCGAUAGCGAUGCCGAAGAUGAAGUUACGGUGACCACAGGCGAUGCUUCCUUUUUCACGGGACCAGGAGGCACCUUGACAAACAGAAAGCUGGCGAGUGAGUGGACUCACAUCAACGGAAAUAUUGAAACUUUGAAUGCGGAAGGUAAAUCGGCUAAAGACAUACCCAGGUUUAUACCCUCCAAUUAUACUGAAGAUUUCCAACUGUCCAGGGAAGAGUAUCCAGAGAAGGCCAUUUUGACCUCAACCACCCAAAUUAGGGUGUUGGGAGAGCAAAACAGUGGACGUGACGAUAACUGAUGGUCGCGUUAACUGGAACGUUACGAUGCGAAUUGCACGUGGUGAAUACUCGUGUGUAACUAUCAGAACUUUAAUUUCUUGUUCUGUUUUUUUUUCCUUGCUGUUUAUAAAGGAGACCAAUUUUGACAGAAGCAAUUUCAAUUUAAGAAUAUUGUUUAUGCGUUGUGAAUUUUAGCUUUAGAAUUAUCGCUCAACUGAUCUUAGAAGAAUAGUAAUAAGUAAUAGUACGUGCACCAGUACAGGUUUUUUAGAUACUACACAUAUUUUGGAGUUUUGGUAAUCAAAAUGCCUCAGUAUCUUUUUUAAGAAAAUUGUUUAAAAUUUUUCGAACAAUUAAAGGUGUUUUAAUGAGGACUACCACAUCUCAAGGAGUGUUGCAUCUUGUACGCAAGUGAACGUCAAUUAACCAAUGUGAGAUAAAUUAACCAAUAUAAAUGCAGUAUUUUUAAAAUUACCUACAAAGUAUUUAAUGUAUUAGCUGCUCAACCUUUCGCUUCUUUUUGAGCCUUAACGAGCGCUAAGUAGUUUUUCAUUUCAUUCCUUCAGGUCAUAUAUUUUACCUAAAAAGUGUAGGUAAAAUAUACAAUCAAUGGAGAUGUUAUACCACCAUUUACCUGCUAAUUGUUAUCACGAAAUGACCAACCAUAUGCCAGGAACUAGUGGCCAACAAUGAACUAUUAUUUAUUAUCAACAAUUGGCUAUUAUGAACUGUUCCCACUGACUUUAUUUUCCACAGAUUAUCGAAAAAAACUUUUCGUAUUAAAGUGUUUACGUCGAAUUGUUCUUCUUAUAGAUAGUUGUUUAAAAUAAUCAAUAUAGUCAAAGAAUUGCUGACGUUCAAUAUAGUAUUCACUUGAUUAUGACUUCGAUAGAAUAACAAGCUCAAGUGCCUUCAAAGUUUGUGAAAGUUUCACAAUUUUCGCCGACUGAUCAUAAUAAUAUGUAACGUUUGUUAUAAUAUAUAACAUAAGAUGAAUAGUUUGUAUUUUAGUGGAUUACCUUUAGAUUUUUAUCGCUACCACCUAUGAUCAAACGCCCCAACUCCGGCCAUUUAUUUUUAAUAUAAAAUUAAUUAUAUUGGAUAAAAAUUGGUAUGUAAAGAGUAGAAUGAUAUAAUAUGCUGGACGAGAAUAAACAAAACGUAAUUAAGCUUUCUUGAAAUUUGCUCUCCAAAUUCAAUAUGAAAAAAUAUUAUAUGAUGAAGAACUAUAUUUCCUCACGGAAUAUUAACUUUAUUUUUAAUUUUACUUGUACACUUGUUGUACAACUUGUACACUUGUACUUGUUCACGGAUCUUUUCACUUAUAUCCAUAAUACAAAAUUUGCUAUUAGAUUUUCGUAAAACAUCAAAUGGGAAGCAGCAUGUUAAGUUUACAUAAUUUGGCACAAAAUAGUUUAUUGUGAUAUAGAUUACUGAAACAGAGAUAAAUGAAUGGGUCAGGUUGACACUCAAAGUUGGGUUCCUUGUUUUCGUUAAAAAUUACUGCAUAGUAAUGAGUCUCCAUGAGACACUUAUGUUCAAUGACUACUCAAUUUUAUUGGUCAAAUUGGACCCACUUAAAAACCUUCAGAAUAAAUUAGAACUUAACAAGACUCAUCCAGCAUUACUAAGUUCUUUUGGUGUACAAGUGACAUGACAUAAGA